AUGACUAGUCAACCAAUUGACCGUGAGGUCUUACCAACAAAUGUAACCCCUCUGCAUUACGAUCUUUCGUUUGAACCAGAUUUCAAAAACUUCACAUUUGAAGGGUCAGCUAAUAUCAAAUUAAGAAUCAAUGACCCAACCAUUGAUGUCCUUACUUUAAACACUUUGGAAAUCAAGUAUCAUGAAGUAAAAAUUGAAGAAACUCCUGCAUCCGAUAUCAAUGUAGAUGACAAAGCCCAAACUGUUCAAUUCAUUUUCCCAAAGGGUACUAUCGCCCAACAAGGCACUGAAGAAUUUAUUUUACAGACAAAAUUUACAGGGAUCUUGAAUGAUCAAAUGGCUGGGUUCUAUAGGGCCAAGUAUACCGAUAAAUCGACGGGGGAAGUUAAAUAUAUGGCUACCACUCAAUUUGAAGCCACUGAUGCUAGAAGAGCGUUCCCAUCUUUUGACGAACCAAAGUUGAAAUCUACUUUCGAUAUCACUUUGAUUUCUACUCCAGAAUUGACCAAUUUAUCUAAUAUGGAUGUGAAGACAGAAGAGAUCAUCAACGGUAAAAAGAUUACCAAGUUCAAUACCACCCCACUGAUGUCGACAUACUUAGUCGCUUACAUAGUAGCAGAUUUGAGAUAUGUAGAGAGCAAUGAAUUUAGAUUGCCAGUUAGAAUCUACUCUACACCAGGUGAUGAACACUUGGGUAAAUUUGCCGCGGACUUAUCUGCCAGAACUUUAACCUUUUUUGAAAAGACAUUCGGCAUCGAAUAUCCUUUGCCAAAAAUGGAUAUGGUUGCUGUCCAUGAAUUCUCCGCAGGAGCUAUGGAAAAUUGGGGGUUGGUUACCUAUAGAGUCGCUGAUUUAUUGUUAGAUAAGGAGAAUUCCACCUUGGAUCGUAUUCAAAGAGUCGCAGAGGUUAUUCAACAUGAAUUGGCUCAUCAAUGGUUUGGUAAUUUGGUUACCAUGGAAUGGUGGGAAGGAUUAUGGUUGAAUGAAGGUUUCGCAACAUGGAUGUCUUGGUACGCUUGUAAUGAUUUCCAACCAGAUUGGAAAGUCUGGGAAGAAUAUGUAUCUGACAAUUUACAACGUGCUUUAGGUUUAGACUCCUUGAGAUCUUCUCAUCCUAUUGAAGUUCCAGUUAAAAAUGCAGAUGAAAUUAAUCAAAUCUUUGACGCCAUUUCAUAUUCUAAAGGUUCAUCUUUGUUAAGAAUGAUCUCUAAGUGGUUAGGUGAAGAUGUUUUCAUCAAGGGUGUUUCUGCGUAUUUGAAGAAAUUUAAAUAUGGUAAUGCAAAAACUGAAGAUCUGUGGGAUGCAUUAUCAGCUGCAUCUGGGAAAGAUGUCCCAAUGGUAAUGAAUAUUUGGACUAAGAAAGUGGGGUAUCCCGUUAUAACCGUUAAAGAGGAUGGGAACAACAUUACUUUUACACAAAAUCGUUACCUAUCUACAGGAGAUGUUAAGGAAGAAGAGGAUAAAACUUUAUAUCCAGUUUUCUUGGCUUUGAAGACUUCGAAUGGUGUUGACUCCACAAAUAUUUUGAAUGAAAGAACUAAGACUAUCGAGCUUGCAGAUGCCAAGUUCUUCAAAGUGAAUGCCGAUCAAGCAGGUGCAUACAUAACAUCCUAUAGUGAUGAAAGAUGGACAAAAUUUAGUGAACAAGCAAACCUUCUGUCUGUGGAAGAUCGUACAGGGUUAGUAGCUGAUGUCAAGAACCUUUCUGCAUCAGGUUAUACUUCUACUGUUAACUUCCUAAAUUUAAUUGCUAAAUGGAGACAAAACGAAGAUUCGUUUGUUGUCUGGAGACAAAUCAUUAACAGUAUUUCUUCAUUGGAAGGUGCAUGGAUUUUUGAAGACGAUGAAGUGAAAGAUGCAUUGACAGGUUUCAUUCAUAAUUUAGUGAGCGACAAAGUGCAUGAGUUAGGUUGGGACUUCAGUUCUGAAGAUUCAUAUUCUGUCCAACGUUUGAAAGUGUUCUUAUUUGGUGCUGCUUGCUCUUCUAAAGAUGUGAAAGUGGAAAGCGCAGCUUUGAAAAUGUUUGAUGAGUACAUGAAGGGAAACAAGGAAGCUAUUCCAGCUUUAAUUAAGCCUGAUGUUUUUAGUACUGUUGCCACAAUGGGUGGCAAGGACAAUUACGAAAAAAUAUUCAAUAUUUUCAAAAAUCCAAUAUCAACAGAUGAAAAAAUGGCAGCUUUGAAGACUUUAGGUUUAUUUAAAGAGCCAGAAUUAAUCCAAAGGACAUUAGGUUACCUGUUAGACGGUACCAUUUUGAAUCAGGACUUCUACACACCAAUGGUAGGAUUAAGAAACCAUAAAGAAGGUAUUGAAACUAUGUGGAAAUGGUUACAAAAGAAUUGGGAAGAUAUCGUGAAAAGAAUUCAACCAGGGUCUCCAGUCUUGGGACAUAUCUUAACUGUCGGUAUCACUGGUUUUACCUCAAUGGAAGCCUAUAAAAAUAUUGAAAAAUUCUUUUCCGAUAAGGAUACUAAAGGUUAUGACCAAAGUUUGGCAAGGGUUUUGGAUACUGUUAAAUCUAAAGCACAAUGGGUUGCAAGAGAUCGUGCUGUUGUCCGUAAAUAUUUACAAGAAUGCAAGUAG